AUGGUAUGUGAAGAAAAAGAAGGGAGCUAUUAAGAGUUCCUGUUCCCUUGUGAAAUGAAGUCCCCCAUGCUACUCCACUGAUACCCUCGAUCUAAGUACAACCUAUCUCUUUGUCGUCUAUCCUUUCUUACACUCCCGUGUUCUCUGCGACACAGUACUCCCAUUUCUUUUGUAUUUAAGCUCAGUUCUUUUCUUCAUACUUCAUAACCCUUUUUCUUCUCCCUUCUCAUUGAUAAGUCCAAGGAUGCAACAAGAUAUCCCCUUCUAUGUCCUUAUACUUUUCUUCCUUCUAAUACCAACUUCUCUGGUUUCUCCUUUAUAUGAUGGGCCCCUAUAUGACUUCACUGCCUACACUGAGUGCAAAGAUAAGCCAGAGGAGCCACUUUACGGAGGAGGAAUUCUCAAGAGUGACCAACAGUCUCCUCCUGCUGUUCAGGACAACAUUGUUUCAUCUUACGUUGUUAACAACAUCUACGUGCCUUCACUCGUUCUCCAUAAUCUCACUCAGGGCACCAUUUACACAUUUUCCGCAUGGGUGAGAGUUAAAGGUUCAAGUUCAGCUAUGAUAAGGGCUACUCUGGAAACAGAGAAAGAGACGUAUGAUUGCAUAGGAACAGUUUCAGCCAAGCUUGGAUGCUGGUCUUUUCUGAAAGGUGGUUUUGUUCUCAACUGGCCUUCAAAUUUAUCCAUUAUCUUCUUCCAGAACGCGGAUGGUAAAGACAUCAAUAUAGAAGUUGCUAGCCCAUCACUCCAGCCAUUUACUAAGCAACAAUGGGAAACCAAUCAACAGUAUACGAUCAAUACUAAAAGAAAGCGUGCAGUCACUAUUCAUGUGUCAGAUAGCAACGGUAGAAGGUUGCAAGGAGCUUCCAUCUGUAUAGAGCAAAUCUCAAAAGAAUUCCUUUUUGGAUCUGCCAUAGCACACACUAUUCUUGGAAACGUACCCUAUCAGAAUUGGUUUGUGAAACGAUUCAACGCUGCAGUCUUUGAAAAUGAGCUCAAAUGGUACGCCACAGAACCUGAUGAAGGCAAGGUCAAUUACACCAUUUCAGACCAAAUGCUACAAUUUGUUCGAACAAAAAACAUCGUAGCCAGAGGGCACAACAUAUUUUGGGAAGACCCUAAGUACAAUCCUCCAUGGGUUCUUAACCUUACUGGCACCCAGCUACAAUCUGCAGUGAAUUCCCGAAUACAAAGUCUGAUGAGCCAGUACAGAAAUGAGUUCAUACACUGGGACGUCAGCAACGAAAUGCUUCAUUUUGAUUUCUACGAGCAAAGGCUUGGAUCAGAUGCAACAUUGCAUUUCUUUGAGACUGCACACGAAUCAGAUCCACUAUCAACCCUGUUUAUGAAUGACUUUAAUGUUGUGGAAACAUGCAGUGAUGUAAAUUCCACCGUAGACGCCUAUAUCUCACGGGUAAAAGAACUACGACGAAAUGGCAUCUUGAUGGAUGGAAUUGGCUUGGAGGGACACUUCACAAUACCCAAUCCUCCCCUUAUCAGAGCCAUACUAGACAAGUUGGCAACACUUGGACUUCCCAUUUGGCUUACUGAGGUUGAUAUAAGCAAGACAAUCGAUACAGAUUCACAGGGAAAUUAUUUGGAGCAAGUGUUGAGGGAAGGGUUCUCACAUCCUGCUGUGAAUGGGAUAAUGCUUUGGACAGCAUAUCAUCCAAAUGGGUGUUACCAAAUGUGCCUGACAGACAAGAAUUUUAAGAACCUUGCAGCAGGUGAUGUGGUGGACAAACUUCUUCAAGAGUGGAAAACAGGUCGUGUAGAGGGAGUGACAGACGUGCACGGUUCCUAUAGCUUUUAUGGCUUCUUAGGAGAAUAUACUGUUACUGUCAACUAUGGCAACAGAACUACGAAAUCGACAUUCUCCCUCUCUCGAGGUCAAGAAACUGAACAUUUCACCAUUACACUCUCAUCCAACUCUUAGAUAUAUAUUAUAAUUCAUCAACCUGCUUAGCAUCAUUGCAAACACUAGUUUCCAAUUCUUCCUUUCUCUAGUCCAGUCCUGCUUCAAUAAAGAUUUCCUUAAUUUCGAUCA